GGGAGGGCUAUUUUUCUGCACUUGAACGCAACCAAAGGCGCACAUAGAGCGUGGGAGCAUAAAGCAGUCGGAGCCAGCAAGAGACGCCGCUGUUGACGCGCUCUGUCCUCCUGACACACUGCGUGCUCGUCAAGCCGCAAGCUUUGGAAAUUAGGGGAAGAUCAUAUUUUUCUUAUUUGGAGCACGCUAUCAGGAUCCCAAUUUUAUUUUUUAACUCGUCAAUUUGUGCAGCGGUGGACUGUUUAUGUGUUUUAUUUUGUUUUUUUUUCUCUCAUGUGAAAACCUUUAACUUUGGCUGAGGGAAUUAUCAGAGCACUGAAGAAUGGAAGGUAAAUUGACAAGCCAUGUGUGGCAAGGAUCACCGUGUGGAUCUUUCUGCAGGUAAAGGGCGCUAUGACUUGAGCGGCUGGAUCUCAUGUGCAAACCAGAAUUCUCUUUGUUUUGUAGUUGAACAUUAAUCAGAGUCUCCCCACUUCACUUCAUAAGUGAGUCGACAAAGUAGGGUUACAUCCUAUGACCAAACCAGUGGCACUUUGGUUUCCAUUUAGUGAAUCCUUCCUAAAAAUUUACGCACUGAAGAAGAAAAAAAAACUAUAUCCACCUUAUUAUUUUUCAAUCAAAGUUUUUAUUCUGUACCUAUAUUCCACUAUUUUUUUUUUUUUUUUACCAGACCUUUAAGCUGCUUUAAGCGCACGGAGCGCUUUUAAUAGAUUCACCUUUGGGGCUCUCUUGAACACUAAGAAUAAAAACCAGAGGAACUCUCAGUCGUAUCAAGCACUUUUCACGAAAUCCGGAUUUAAAAAACACGAGGAUUGACUUCAGGAACCUAAAAUCCAGCCGGCCACAUCUGGGAUUAUUUCAUCGAUUCCUUCUGCAAAGAGUGGAUUGCAUCUUCUAUCAUCCUGUGUUCCCUGAUCUCUGGCAGUAUGAACAUUGGGCUAAAGUGUGUCUGUCGGCCAGUUUGCUGGCCCUUUGGCAGCUUGCUGGACUCCAGGAACUGUGUCUUUGCCCUCACGCUCGUCAUGCUCCUCAUGCAGGUGGUCGUAGAGGCCAACUCAUGGUGGUCUUUGGCCAUGAACCCUUUACUGAUCCCAGAGGCCUAUAUCAUCGGGGCCCAGCCUCUCUGCAGCCAGCUGGUAGGCCUGUCUCAGGGCCAAAAGAAACUGUGCCAGCUCUACCAGGACCACAUGCAGUUUAUUGGUGAAGGUGCCAAAAUGGGGAUUCGUGAAUGCCAGUACCAGUUCAGGCACCGGCGCUGGAAUUGCAGCACUGUGGACAACUCCUCUGUUUUUGGACGUGUCAUGCAAAUAGGCAGUCGUGAAACAGCGUUCACCUAUGCGAUCAGUGCAGCAGGGGUGGUGAACACAGUGAGCCGUGCCUGCAGAGAGGGUGAGCUCAACAGCUGUGGGUGCAGUCGGGCUGCUCGUCCCAAAGAUCUACAGAGAGACUGGCUGUGGGGUGGCUGCGGAGACAACCUCAACUAUGGCUAUAGGUUCUCUAAGGAGUUUGUGGACGCACGCGAGAGGGAGAAGAGCUAUCCAAAAGGCUCGUACGAGAGCGCAAGGCUGCAGAUGAACCUCCACAAUAAUGAGGCAGGAAGGAGGGCUGUGUCAAACCUCGCUGAUGUGUCGUGCAAGUGCCAUGGCGUGUCGGGUUCCUGCAGCUUAAAGACCUGCUGGCUACAGCUGGCUGACUUCCGAAAGGUGGGUGAUGCUCUGAAGGAGAAGUAUGACAGCGCUGCAGCCAUGAAGCUCAACUCACGUGGCAAACUGGUACCGUUGCACAGCAAUUUCAACCCACCCACGGGCAAUGAUUUGGUGCACAUCGACCAGAGUCCAGACUACUGCUUAAAGAACCAAAGCACUGGCUCCUUGGGCACAGUGGGACGCCUUUGCAACAAGACAUCAGAAGGCAUGGAUGGGUGCGAGUUAAUGUGUUGUGGCCGAGGUUAUGAUCAGUACAAAGCCCAAAUAGUGGAGCGCUGCAACUGCAAGUUCCACUGGUGUUGCUACGUGAAGUGCAAGCGCUGCACAAGAAUUGUAGACCAAUUUGUCUGCAAGUGAGCAGAGACACUUUGCCCUGUGGAGGAUGGGUGUACAUCUGUGUGAUUUAAUGAGCGUUUUAACAUGGAGAAGAUGGAAGAAAGAAACUAUAUAAAUUAUAUUUAUAGAGCUAAACAAUUAUGUCAUUUGCAAAAAGACCCUCUUAAAAAAAAACUAAAAAAA